AGUCUUCGGCUUUAGGUUUACGUAUUUGCUUUUUCGCCUGAAGCAAUAAAUUGAACCAAUCAAUCCCACCCCUCAUUUGUCAAUAUUUAGGAUUUAAAAUAAAUAAAUAAAUAAUAAAUAGAAUAAUAAAGGGGAACGUGGAAGGGAGUGGAGUUUAGAUUCCCCUGUCUGUUUAUCAGAGCUCUCUUUGUUUCAUUCACAUUAAUACAGAUCACCUCACACUUUGGCAAACCACCAUACGACGUCGUUCUCGUUCGUUCCCUGGUAGCUCAAUCAAGAAUAAUAUAAAAGCCUUCCAGGAAGAGACAAAGUGUAUUUGAAGCAGUUGAGUUCAAAGUGAUUGAUUAUUUUGCUACUCAUUUCCAGUCUUUGUAUUGGGUGCGUGAUCCAAUAUCCAUAUUUGUCAUUUUGUUGCUCUGGUAUAGUAACUCCAUUUCCAAUAAGUUUGAGUUGAAUAGAACAGAAUUGAAUGGCUAAUAUGGUGAAACGGAUAGGAUUAAUAGUGGGUCCAUGGACUCACAAGAAGAUCGUGGAUCCUCUUCUCCAAAUCCUACGCAGGGGUGCAGAGCCAAAGCAAUUGGCAUUCUCUGGGGCUCUUGGCGUCACAUUGGGUCUCUUUCCCAUUGUUGGGGUUGCUGUAUUUCUAUGCGGGUUAGCUAUUGCAGUACUUGGAUCCAUGUGUCAUGCACCAACUGUGCUGUUGGCAAACUUCAUUGUUACUCCCAUUGAGCUGAGUUUGGUGAUUCCAUUUCUACGUUUAGGUGAAUCUGUGAGUGGUGGACCUCAUUUUGCCUUGACCUCAGAUGCAUUAAAGAAGGUCUUGACUGGUAAGGCUUCGUGGGAAGUUUUGCUGAGCAUUUACCAUGCGUUGUUGGGCUGGCUUGUUGCCGUACCAUUCAUCCUGGCAGGGGUUUAUCUACUGUUUUUGCCAUGUUUUACAAUCUUGGUUCGUAAAUUCAGUAGUGUUCCACCAAGCAAAAUCACUAGUGUUCCUUCGAGCCCAAAGAGAGCUGUUCCUCCCAGCCCAAAAAAGGCAGUUCAACCCCUUACAGAAGUCAGGGUUAAAGUGAGGGACGUUUAAUAGACAUUGAAACCAAUGUAUUACUAGCAUUUCUGUACAUGCAUCAAGUUCAGAGGAACUGACAUUCAAAACUGCUGCAAGUGAUAUUAAAAUUAUGUUGUCUCUUUCAA